AUGGAGGUUCAAAUCACGUCAAGAAAGCUCAUCAAGCCAUCAGUUCAAACGCCUCCUCACCUUCAAAUUCUGAAACUUUCGAUUCUUGAUCAGUAUUCAUAUUAUGUACCCAAUAUUUUCUACUACACCAAUGCCAACCAUGAAAUAGAGAACAUCAACGCACAGAAGCUAGUUGAGCAGCUAGAGAAAUCAUUGUUAGAAGUCUUAACGCUCUUUUACCAAGAGCCCAAACCAUAUGAGCUGCUUCGUCGUUUGGUUCCUUCUUUAGCAGAAUCUGCCACUAGUCCUUUAUUAGCUGUUCAAGUUAACAUUUGCAAGUGUGGAGGGCUAGCAAUCGGUGUGCUCAAUUCGCACAGGAUAGCUGGUACAUGGACCAUGUCAAGAUUUAUCAAUGCAUGGGCUACAACUCAUUUUCAUGAUCACGGGAUUAGUAAAGUUACUCCUCCAACCUUCGUUUCACCAUUUAUCUUACCGGAUUCCACCAGGCUCAGGUUUCCAGUACCUCCACCACCUCGCAUGGCUAGUAAGAAAAUUGUCACGAAAAUAUUUCGGUUUGACAGGGAAGCAAUAGAGAAACUGAAAUCUAAAGUAAUUAGCGGUGCUGAUUCUGGAGUCAAGCAUCACCCUUCGCGUGUGGAGGUGGUCUCAGCACUGAUAUGGAAAGCUCUCAUUAGUGUGGCAAAAGAGAAGCAUGGAUACCUCAGGUCUUCUUCAAUGAGUCUGCCUUUCAAUUUGAGAGGAAAAGUUGGUGUCCCGCUAGAUAAUCAAUGUGGAAACCUUUGCAGGCCUAUCAUUGCUCGGUUCGAUGCUAAAAAUCAGAGCAAACUCGUGUUGAGUGAGCUUGUGAGUUUGAUAGGAGAUGCUAAGAGAAGAGCCAGUUCGGAAUGCGUAAAGGCCGUAAACAUUCCUGAAAUGUUUUCAAUGGUGACUAAUUCUUUUGCAGAGAUGUUUGAAGAAUUGAACAAAAGCGAGGUAGAUAUAUUCAGCUUCACAAGCUGGUGUAGGAUGGGCUUGUAUGAAGUUGACUUUGGCUGGGGAAAGCCUGCAUGGGUGAGUGUUGUGCCUCCAAAUAUAGAAUUAACUAUUCUGAAUGAUACUAAAUCUGGUGAUGGAAUUGAAGCUUGGUUGAACUUACAUGAAAAGGACAUGAUUCAGCUCCAACAAGAUCCAGAUAUCAUGGCCUUCACUUCUUAG